GACAUUAUAAUUUUCAGCUUUAGAAGUCUGAAAGACUUCAGUAUACGAUUUUGUAUUGAUUUUGUGGCCUUUCAAGCUGAAACUUUUGAGAAAUCAUACUGGUCUUCCACAUACAAGUGAUUGAUCGUAAAAGUUGCAAAAAUGUCUAAAAUUCUUGAGGCUCAGGAACAUUGUAAAGCAGCAGAAAAAUAUUUAAAGACUGGUUUGCUGAAGUGGAAGCCCGACUAUGAUUCAGCUGCUGAUGAAUUCAGUCAAGCAGCUCAAUGUUACCGCAUAUCCCGUGAUGUAAAGAACUCCAAGGAAUGUCACAUGAAGGCCGCAGAGCUAUAUGAGAAGAAUCGUUCAUUCUUUCAUGCUGCUAAGGCUAUUGAGAAUGCAGUUAUUGUCAGCAAGGAGUUGUCUUCACCUGAGGAAUUGUACAACAUGGCAUGCAAUUCAAGCAGCUUGUACCAGCAACAUGGUUCAGGAGAUGCUGGCGCAAAUGUCCUAGACAAAGUCGCCAAGAUUAUUGAAGAGAAGGCUCCCGAGCUUGCUGUCAAGUUAUUCCAGCAGGCAGCUGAUGUGUCUUCGGUCGAAAGCUCUCAACAUCAAGGCACAGAAUACAUAAGCAAGGCGUCCCGACUUCUUGUUAAACUGGAGAGAUUUGAUGAAGCAUUGGAUAGCCUUAGACGUGAGAUUGGCUUCCACCUUGAAUCAGGUUAUACUGGGGCAGUGGGACGACUUACAGUUGCCAUUGUCCUUGUGCAACUGGCUAGAGGCGACGCUGUGGCAGCUGAAAAGGCUUAUAAGGAAUGGGGUAACAAUUGCGAAGUGCCCGAAAUGCAAACCUUGGAAAUGCUCUUACAAGCAUAUGAUGAAGAGGAUCGUGAUGCUGCGAAAAGAGCGCUUGCGUCACCAUUUAUACGUAGCAUGGACGUUGAGUAUGCGAGAUUGGCGGGAACUAUACCUCUGCCUGAAGGGAUUGAUCCUGUUCCAAAAGCAGCUGUAAGAGAAAAUGCGGCGCCGUCCUAUGUCAGCGUGAAUAUAAGCGAAGGUGAAGUAGCGAACACGUCACGAGCAGAGAUAGAAGAAAUCGAUUUCGCUGAUAAUAGAAAGACCGAAGAAGAAGACGAUUUGUGUUGAAUAUCAGGUAUUAUCUCGGUGUUCCAUAUGAGGAUUAUCCCUAAUUUGCACUUUAGUUGUAAAUUAUUGCAUUGUGUUGAUAUGAAAGUAAAAAUCGAUUUGUAAUACGUAAAAAAUUUGUUUGUAUUUUACAUAUAUUCUGCACUUUGUUGUCUGAAAAUAUAGCCUAUUCAUUCAGGUAUUCUAAUUGUUUCACAAUUUUGACAUCUGUUCAGUAGUUUUUGGGUUUGAUUGUCACAAACAUACAUAUACAUAUUUCCUCAAUUAUUAUUACCGUAUUUCAAAACACGAAAGUUUAUGCCCUCACUCUAUAGAAGAAAUUUUAAUUUUUAUAAUUGUUAUGUCUGUU